GCCCAGACACAGGGGGACAUCUGCUCGGGCUGACGCACAACGUGUCCCAACUACGUAUUUUUUUGUUUUGUUGUUGUUGCCUGUUUGGGAUUCCUUCUUGGAUGGCCUGUAACAAAGAUUGUAUCUGUACUGGGUUGAGUCUAUCAAAUAAACAAGAACAACGUGGGGCUAAGUGAGAAAACAGCGUAUAAAUACGCAUGUAUAUAUUUUUUACGGCUCAUACUAGUGCACCCACUUCGCAAACACACCACUGCAGCAAGCAGGCGAAACUCAGGUGGUGGGGCAAUGUUUACACUGACAUCCUCCUGACCAGUCCAACAGUUACCCAGGCCCCCCUCCCAUUCCCCACCUCUACCCCCUUCCACAACCUUUCCACCCUUCACUAUGAAUGAGGCCAGCGUAGUCAGGGAAGGAUGGCUCCACAAGAGAGGUGAGUACAUCAAGACUUGGAGGCCGCGCUACUUCAUCCUGAAGAGUGACGGCUCCUUCAUCGGCUACAAAGAGAAGCCUGAGCUGUCCGACCAGAGCUUGCCCCCUCUCAACAAUUUCUCAGUGGGAGAAUGCCAGCUGAUGAAAACGGAGCGGCCCAAGCCGAACACGUUCGUUAUCCGCUGCCUGCAGUGGACCACUGUCAUCGAGAGGACCUUCCAUGUAGAAAGCAAUGCUGAGAGAGAGGGGUGGAUGCGUGCCAUCCAGGCAGUGGCCAAUGGGUUGAAGGUACGAGAGGAGGAGGAGCCCAUGGACCUGUUUGGUUCUCCCAGCGACAGCAGCAGCAUUGAGGAGAUGGAGGUGGCCAUGUCCAAGACCAACUCUAAAGUGACGAUGAGUGACUUUGACUACCUGAAGCUGCUGGGGAAGGGCACGUUUGGCAAGGUGAUCCUGGUCAAGGAGAAAGCCACAGGGAUGCACUACGCCAUGAAGAUCCUGCGCAAGGAGGUCAUCAUCGCUAAGGACGAGGUAGCGCACACGGUUACGGAGAGCAGAGUGUUACAGAACACCCGGCAUCCCUUCCUCACGACACUGAAAUACGCUUUCCAGACUCAUGACCGAUUAUGUUUUGUGAUGGAAUACGCCAACGGAGGAGAGCUCUUCUUCCACCUGUCUCGGGAUCGUGUGUUCACGGAAGACCGGGCCCGUUUCUAUGGCGCUGAGAUCGUAUCUGCGUUGGAGUACCUCCACUCUCGUGACGUGGUAUACAGGGACCUGAAGCUGGAGAAUCUAAUGCUGGACAAUGAUGGACAUGUUAAAAUCACAGACUUUGGGCUGUGUAAGGAAGGCAUCACGGACGGUGCCACCAUGAAGACCUUCUGCGGUACCCCGGAGUACCUGGCGCCGGAGGUGCUAGAGGACAAUGACUACGGCCGGGCGGUGGACUGGUGGGGCCUGGGCGUAGUCAUGUACGAGAUGAUGUGCGGUCGGCUGCCCUUCUACAACCAAGACCACGAGCGGCUUUUUGAGCUCAUCCUCAUGGAGGAGAUCCGAUUCCCCAAGAACCUGGCCCCAGAGGGCAGGGCCCUGCUCAGCGGCCUGCUCAAAAAGGAUCCCAAGCAAAGGUUAGGGGGAGGACCGGAUGAUGCCAAAGAAGUGAUGUCCCACAAGUUCUUCACCUCCAUCAACUGGCAGGACGUGGUAGAUAGAAAGCUGACUCCGCCCUUCAAGCCUCAGGUGACGUCAGAGACUGAUACACGUUACUUCGACGAUGAGUUCACGGCACAGACCAUCACCGUCACGCCUCCAGACAAGUAUACCAACCUGGACUGUGGCAUCCCCAACCAGCCAGCACACUUCCCCCAGUUCUCUUACUCUGCCAGCAUACGAGAGUGACCCCGUCUUUACCAUACACACUGAAGAUAUGCAUAGCACAUCAGUUCACACUCUCAUCCACACACACACACACACUUUCUUGUAAAAAAAAAGACUGCAAGCUUGAGACUCCACACAGGCCAAUGGAUCUCUGGUCACAGCGGGGAUUUAAGUGCCUAGUCUUGCAGCCAUCUUGUCUGCUCAAACCCCGCCUACACUACAGUCACGCACAACAGCAGCCUGUGAACUGCACAGGACCUCAUUCAAUACCUCACGUCGUCAACAUCAGCAGCAGUAGCAUAUCAUCCAGGACACUACUGCUCCUCACUGGAAGGUCUAGUACAGGGCUGCCCAUCCCUCUUCCUGGAGAUCUACUGUCCUGUGGGUUUUCAGUUCAACCCUCUUCCUGUAGAUCUACCGUCCUGUGGGUUUUCAGUUCAACCCUCUUCCUGU